CACCCGAUCACUGGGAAAAGCCGGGAUGGGGACCUGGGCGCACCCCGAGAUCUCUAAGUCUUGGGGUACCGGGGAGAGGGCACUCGAGGGCUGGAUCGGACGCUUCCCGGAGGAGAUCAAGAAACAGCUCCCAGGCCUCGCCCCUGCCAGCGCUGUCCAGGUGACUGUGUCAGACCCCUACCACGUCGUGAUCCUCUUCCAGCCCGUGACCCUACCCUGCACCUACCAGAUGACCACGACCCCCACGCCGCCCAUCGUGGUCUGGAAGUACAAGUCUUUCUGCCGCGACCGCAUCGCUGACGCCUUCUCCCCAGCCAGCGUCGACAACCAGAUCAAUGCCCAGCUGGCGGCCGGCAACCCGGGCUACAACCCCUACGUGGAGUGCCAGGACAGCAUGCGCACCGUCAGGAUGGUGGCCACCAAGCAGGGCAACACCGUGACCCUGGGAGACUACUACCAAGGCCGGAGGAUCACCAUCACCGGAAAUGCUGACCUGACCUUUGACCAGACGGCUUGGGGGGACAGUGGCGUGUAUUACUGCUCCGUGGUCUCGACCCAGGACCUUCAGGGGAACAACGAGGCCUACGCAGAGCUCAUCGUCCUGGGGAGGACCUCAGGGGUGGCUGAGCUCUUACCUGGUUUUCAGGCGGGGCCCAUGGAAGACUGGCUGUUCGUGGUCGUGGUCUGCCUGGCCGGCUUCCUCCUCUUCCUCCUCCUGGGCAUCUGCUGGUGUCAGUGCUGCCCCCAUACCUGCUGCUGCUACGUCAGGUGCCCCUGCUGCCCCGAGAAGUGCUGCUGCCCUGAGGCCCUGUAUGCUGCUGGCAAAGCAGCCACCUCAGGCGUCCCAAGCAUCUAUGCUCCCAGCAUCUAUGCUCACCUCUCCCCUGCCAAGACACCGCCCCCACCAGCCAUGAUUCCCAUGGGUCCUGUCUACAACGGGUACGACUUCGACAGGAAUAGCUCAGUCGGCGGCCACAGCUCCCAGGUACCCCUGCUUCGUGACACAGACAGCAGUGUGACCUCUGUCCGUAGCGGCUACAGGAUUCAGGCCAGCCAGCAGGACGACUCCAUGCGGGUCCUGUACUACAUGGAGAAAGAGCUGGCCAACUUUGACCCUUCCCGACCUGGCCCUCCCAACAGCCGUGCAGAGCGGGCCAUGAGUGAAGUCACCUCCCUCCACGAGGACGACUGGAGAUCCCGGCCUUCCCGGGGCCCUGCCCUCACCCCUAUCCGGGAUGAGGAAUGGGGCCGCCACUCUCCGCGGAGUCCUAGGAGGUGGGAGCAAGAGCCCCCCAGAGAGCGGCCAGGGAGUGGCUGGGGGGCCCGGCGGCCCCGGGCCCGCUCUGUGGAUGCUCUGGAUGACCUCACCCGGCCGGGCUCUGCUGAAUCGGGGAGGUCUCCCCCAAGUAGCGGGAGGAGAGGCCGGGCCUACGCACCCCACCGGAGCCGCAGCCGUGAUGACCUCUAUGACCAAGAUGACCCGAGGGACUUUCCACACCCCCGGGAUGCCCACUACGACGACCUCAGGUCUAGAGACCGCCCUCCCGCUGACCCUAGGUCCCACCACCACCGCUCCCGGGACCCUCGGGACGAUGGCUCCAGGUCCGGGGACCCCCAGUAUGAUGGGCGGCUCCUGGAAGAGGCCUUGAGGAAAAAGGGGCCAGCGGAGAGGAGGAGACCUUACAGGGAGGAAGAGGACGAGGAGGAGGCCUCCUAUCCCCCAGCGCCUCCCCCUUACUCCGAGACCGACUCCCAGGCCUCCCGGGAGCGGAGGCUCAAGAAGAACCUGGCCCUGAGUCGGGAAAGUUUAGUCGUCUGAGCUCACGUUUUGUAUGUAGCUUUUGUACUAUUUUUGUUUUAAUUCUAGGGACUCCUGAUAAUCUUCCCCUCCUAAGUCUAAUAAAAUUUAUGACCACAAGGC